GAGGCAGAAUUGGAUUUUUUUAUGUGUGUUUGUGCCAAAGCACUUAUUUUUAGGGUUAAUUCCUUAUAAAAGAGCAGUUCAGUUGCUUUGGUCCUACUUUCAUCUCCAGCUGUAAUGAAUCCUGUAAGCUGUUUAAUAUCUGUUAAUUCCUCAUGUAGUGUCUUUAUUGCUCCCACUACAUGCACUAAUUUCUUUUUUCUGUCUGUUGAGGUUUUGCACAACCGCUGGUUUAAUAGAAAGGAGGGAGAAGGGUUGAGAGAGAGGUGAAGAGAGUCCAGUUUUAUAGUCUCGCUUGUGUGUCGGGUUGUAAAUACCCCCCUCCCUCCUAACAGGCUUAAAGUGACAGCUUGCCACUUGGUGCUAGAUUCUGGUUGUGCUGAAAAUGUGCAGCUAAACACUUUUUGGCACACCAUAGAUGGGGAAAAACAGCUGGACGUUACAUCUUUGUGGAGGAUUUACUGUGGUGUCCUCCUAUCCAAAACACAUGCUCAUCCUAACAAAUUGCUGACAGAACAAGACGGACGGGGUAAGGGAGUACGGGAAAGAGAGAUCUCCCAGACGCACACUCAUAAAGAGAAAGGGGCCAUUGGCCAUCUGUGGUCAGUCCCCUGCUAUUUUGCAGCUGCGUUGGAGUCAGCGAAUGGUCCUAAGCGCUGAUAAGAAAAAGAGGUUUUUCUACAACGUUGCCCAGGGGAUGAGCCCAGGCUAGGGCAAUGUUAAAGCCUCGCUGGCCUUGGAUUAAGCCCCUUGGGCUAUUUUGUGUAGGGAUGGAUGAUACCCCAGCUGGAUCCUCUGCUGUCACUAUUCUCCACAGCUAUCAUUAGUGGCUAAUGAGCUGCUGCUAGAGAGGAAACGGGGAAGGUGCCUGCGGAGAGAGGUGAAACCUUACAGCUCUUAUUAAGAGGCCCACAGAGAAUUCUUUGCCUAUUUAAAGCUUUGACUAGCAUGACUUUACCAUUUAUUAUUGUGGGCAUUUCUUUAUAUAUUUUGAUAGCCUUUUUUGUUACAGCAUAAAAAUGUCACCUAGAAGUUGAAAGACUUUUUUUCCCAGGAAGAUGAUUCAGUGUUUGGACAUAAACUAUUUUUCUCAUGAAGCAGUUUCAAAAAUAUAUUUUUAUUCAGGAGGAAUUUUGGUAGAUUGUUUUUGUUUUACUCUUCCCGAUAAUUUUGACCUUCCUAUGCCCUGAAGAUCAUUGGUCACCAUGGCAGCAGCCUAUCGUGUUGUUGUGAGCAGCGUGAGCUGUUACAACAGUGUGGUAGUAGACCGACGCACUCACUCCCAUGCAGUACACUACUGCUCAGGGCCAUGUGGAGCACUGUCCCAGGGCUUGGACUGCACUGUUGCACACCGUGGCACCUGUUCUGAGCUCCUUGUUGCACCUGACCCUCAAUACAAUGACCUUAACAGCUCACCCAUACACUCCCGCAACAUUAUUGCUCAGCAGCUUCCUAACCAUGCUAAAGUUUGUCUUGCCAUGGAUAGUACUCAUAAUGGGAGCCUAGAGAGGGCAGGCAGCAGUGGCAAUUUAUCUUUAGGAGAAGAGAGCCUCACAUGGCGUGGUAAGAAGACCUCUGGUGGUGGAGCAUCGACUGGGAGUAUGACCUCCUCUGGCAGUCUAAAGGAUAUUACCGAAGAAGCCAUCAACCUGGCCAGUGGUAAACUCAAGGAGUUUUCAUUUGAUAAGCUCCGCCUUUCAUCCUCCAGCCACAUCACCUUCCGGAAAGGCCGUAAAGUCCGUCCUGACUCUUUUAGUCGUCGCUCCACCGACCUGGAGAUUAUUUAUGGCCACUUCAGCUCCAACCUUACCACAAAUGCAACUACUAACGGUAUGACAAAUGGCACGGCUUCUUCUAACGAUGAGAACCUGCCACCAUUUGUGCAAGGGAAAGGAACGGUGCUAGAGGAAACGAAGAUUAAGGGCAGCCCAGGCACCAUGUCAUCCAUCACCAAAGUUGCUGGUGGCUCAACAAACAGCCUCACGAGUAUUGGGUCAUUAGACCAAAGUCUGAACACAGUGGCCUCCCUGUACCGCAACACCCUAGGAGAAGAGAACUUAAUUGCCCGUCUGCUGGAGAAGACGCGAGCGGAGGCAGCUACUGGCGGAGCAGGUGGCGAAGACAUACGUGCCUGCCUUGAUAUUCUGCUUAAAUGUUCUGAAGACCUUAAGAAAUGCACUGACAUAAUCAAACAGUGCAUCAAACGCAAAGCUGGUGGAGGCCCAGAGGAUGGGGAAGCAAGCCCUGACAGUGUGUAUCGGGCUGUGAUGACUCGUCUCAGUUCCUAUCUUAAGAGAUUGCCUCUGGAGCUGGAAGGAAUCGGGGGUUUGGGAGGCAGUGGACAGGGUGCACCUGGAAGCGGGCACAGUGAUUUGGCUGAACUGGUUAACACUCUUCACUCCAUCCAGCAGGGACCUUAUUCGCCGAUAUUUGGCAAUGAACAACCUCCUCGCUAUGAAGAUGUGGUGCUCUCUCCUCCAAUCCCAAAGACUGUUCCACAUUCUGUUUCUGCUCCAUCCUCUGUCUCAUCUACUUCUUUAUCUCUAAAAUCAGAUUCCAUCCAUACCAAACCAGUUCAGAGCUCAGCCCAGCUUAGAGCUACCCCACUUACUAAUGGAGUUAUCCAACAUCCACAUACUUCUUCUUAUACACAACAUACUCUCUCUCCUCCAACCAUUAUAUCCUCUUCAUCCAGCUCCUCUCCAACACACUCCUCCUCCCCUCUUCGUAACUCCCCGACCCCAGCUUAUACACACACUCCCCCAGCAUCUCCCAUGGAGGCUCUUUAUAUUGAGGAGGAGGAAGCAGAUAUGGGAAAGACACCAGAACAAAUCUCACAGCAGACACACACUCCAUCUAGAGGGAUGAACAGCAGCCAGAGCAAAAGUGGGACUAUGAUGGGGCAACACAUGCACCUGUCCCAAACACACACGCUCUAUAACUCUUCAAAUACUUUGCCAGUCAGCUCUGGCUAUGGCUCAAAUUGGCCUUCCUCUGCGUCACUAACAGUCUCUGCACCCAAAGCUGCUGCACACAGGAAUGAUGACAUUGACAAGCUGCUCAUGGACUUGGAGAAUCUCUCUCAAAGUAUGACUCAUCCCAGAAAGACAGAGCCUCCACUUCCUGCCAAAACCAGGAAGAGAGAUGGGAGCCAGGGGAUCACCUCCAGUGAGUCCUUCACUCAACCCAAAAUGGCUCAGUUCCAAGUCUCAAAGCCAGACAGCCACUUAACCAUGAACGGCAUUAGCUCCAGAACUCCCCAGAGUUUCACUCCUCCUAAAGAAGAGAGGAGUGAAAAUGUGGCAGGAGAGGAGGAGGAUGGGGCAUUGUUGCUGAGAAUCCUUGAGAGCAUUGAGAGUUUCGCCCAAGAACUGGUGGAUUCCGGAGCAGGGAGCACAGGGAGUGCUGAGAGGAACAGUGGAAAGGAGCGGGAGGUGAUGAGGCUCCUGCAGGAUACACUGGCCACCGCUGGCAGGGCUGAUACACCUCUGGAGAGCACAAACACACCAGCUGCUCCCACCGCUCCAACUGUACAUACAGAUGCAAUCUCAGAUACACUGAUAAAACACACCUUGGCAAAUACACCUGAAGUUUCACCUGCCCCAACACCUACAGUAUCUGAAUCUGAAAGCAGUGCUUCAGCUGAACAAGCACCUAAAUCUACACCUGAAAGUGCUCCCCAACCUUUGCCUACACCUACACCUGACCCUCCAGUCGAGUCUGUGGAUAAAAUUCCAGAAGCGUCUACAGAUGAGGAUGACUCAAAACCAGUCUCUGCCCCGAUAUCCUCUGCACCUGCAAACUUGCAUUCCUCUACGCUUUCCGAUGAAACCAUACCUGUGGCCGCACCUGAAGCUCCAGCUCCUGUUGCUACGCCAACCACAGCAAGUGCUACCGUUGCUGUUGGUGAACAUACUGCUUUGAGAGAUGCUGGCUCAACCCUUCUUAUCCAGCAGACUCCAGAGGUCAUUAAAGUCCAGUCGAAACCAGAAAAGAAACCCGGAACACCUCCUCCCGCUCCAGUUGCAACCACAGCCACACCAGCCCCAACGCCACGCUCACCCAGCCCUCCUCCAGCUCCGGUGAUUGUCACCCCUCCUCCCCCUGCCGUUAACAUUCCCAGGUUCUACUACCCUCGUGGGCUUCCUGCCCUGGGCCCAGUUGCCAACCACGAUGCAGAAAUUCAUGCCAUUGAGACGGUCUUCACCGAGUUUGAGGAGGAGAAGGCUGAUAUUUAUGAAAUGGGCAAGGUCGCGAAGGCAUGCGGGUGUCCACUUUACUGGAAAGCACCCAUGUUCUACGCAGCAGGUGGUGAGAGGACGGGCUUUGCGUCUGUUCACUCGUUCAUUGCAACUUGGAGGAAGUUGUUGCACAGUUGCCAUGACGAUGCCUCAAAGUUUGUUUACUUGCUGGCUAAACCUGGCUGUAACUACUUGGAGCAGGAAGACUUUAUUCCUCUACUGCAGGACAUUGUAGAUACACAUCCUGGGCUCACGUUUCUGAAGGAUGCACCUGAAUUCCAUUCACGCUACAUAACAACGGUGAUCCAGCGGAUAUACUAUGUAGUGAACCGGUCAUGGAAAGGUCGUAUCACAAUGAUGGAGCUACGCCGGAGUAAUUUCCUUCAAACUCUCGCCCUGCUGGAAGAAGAGGACGACAUCAACCAGAUCACUGACUACUUCUCCUACGAACACUUUUACGUCAUCUACUGCAAGUUUUGGGAGCUGGACACUGAUCAUGAUCUGUACAUUGACCCCAAAGAUCUGGGGAGAUACAACAACCACGCAUCCUCAAACAGAAUCAUUGAGAGAUUAUUUUCAGGGGCUGUUACUCGGGGUAACGCUGUGCAGAGAGAAGGCAGGAUGAGCUACGCUGAGUUUGUCUGGUUUCUGAUAUCUGAGGAAGACAAAAAAAAUCCCACCAGUAUAGAGUACUGGUUCCGCUGCAUGGACGUGGAUGGUGAUGGUGUCCUUUCCAUGUUUGAGUUGGAGUAUUUUUAUGAAGAACAGUGUGAGAGGAUGGAAAGAAUGGGCAUCGAGCCUCUACCCUUUCAGGAUUUGCUCUGCCAGAUGCUCGACUUGGUCAAACCUGAGAACCCAGGUAAGAUAACUCUGAGUGACUUGAAACGCUGCCGGAUGGCUCACAUAUUCUUUGACACUUUCUUCAACCUGGAGAAGUACCUGGACCAUGAACAGAGAGACCCAUUUGCUGUGCAAAAGGACAUUGAUAGUGAAGGUCCAGAACCAUCUGACUGGGAUAAAUAUGCCUCAGAGGAGUAUGAGAUACUAGUGGCAGAGGAGACUGCAAAUGAACAGCUGCACGAGGGGUCAUUUGAUGAUGACUAUGAAUCUGAGGAGCUUCAAGUUCCUGGAGAAAUUGGGAAAAUGGAAAAACUGGUCAUAUCAGACCUGUCUGCAUAAAAUUUGGAAUUCUUGGGCUUCUCUUUCUGGUAAACAGAAAACAGCAAGGUGAUGGAGGGCCACUCUGGAUAUAUGCAUCCAUACAUGGAUCGAAAGACAGACAGAGAAAGGAA